AUGUUACUCCGGAUCCUUACCGAAGCCUUGGACAUGCUGCUCGGAGAGGGUGGGCAGGACUUCCGCAGCGGAAACUAUUGGCGAAAUGGAGAGUUUCAGGUGAUAAUGUACGUGAAGCAACUCAUCGUAUGGCUCUCCAUCGUGAGCUUCAUGAAGCUGGCAAUGGUUGUGUUGAUGAUACUGCUGGCCAAGCCACUGACGAUGGCUGCGCGGACGGUGCUGAACCCUUUCUUGGAGAAGCCUAUGUUGAAGCUCCUCGUCGUGAUGAUCGCGACUCCGAUGGUCAUGAACGCCUUCCAGUUCUGGGUUACGGACAACUUCAUCAAGAAGAGCGAUUCUUCGGAAGAUCCAGGACAAAUCUCG